CUCAAAAUCCGUAUCCGGAGAUUACGCGUUAUAUCGCGCACCCUGGCACUCUUCAUCUCUAUCGCAGUUCUCGUCCUCACGGCUCUUACCCUGCACAAGUUUCUCAGCACGCGCAGCAUCCACCGCAUGGUCCGACUACCCAGCGGCGAGAAUAUCUCACGCACACCCUGGGCGAAAAAUACACGGGCAUGGCCAACGUACAUGUACUUUGGCGUCGCAGCCGUCUCCGUACUACUCAAUUUCGCAACGAUCUUUUCGUACAAAUGUGGGAUCGAACAGGCCAAUGUAGCCAGUGUUGUCACGAGCACUUUUGGCUGGGUCAAUAUGCUGGGGAACUUUAUUGUGUGGUGUGUAGCCGCUACUGUCUAUCGCACCGAGAAGGAUAAGAAUGGCAAGAGCGAUGAUCUUUGGGGUUGGACGUGUAGUUCGGGUGCGAGGGCGAUUCAGAAAGAGUUCCUGGUUGAUAUCGACUUUGUCAGCUAUUGUAAUGUGCAGGUAACCUCCAGCUUCGUUGUUUCCUCAUCAUCCAUUCUGACAUCUGUCGUCUCCACCUCAACCCCGAGCUCAUCGAGCAAAUACUAUGUUAGCUUUAGCACAUCCGGUCUAUCUCGAAGCUCAGCCUCUACCUUUAUUGUCUCCUCAUCCAUAGUCACAAGCUAUGUGACCACGCAGCCCUCAGUCUCCGCGACGCCUUCCUACGCACCACCUCCACCCAAGCCCACAGCAAGCGACACCCCAUCAGGACCCACAAACCCCAACAUCCCCAUCCAUCACGGCUACCGUUCAGUAGCCUACUACGGAAACUGGGACAUCUACGCCCGAAACUUCCAACCCCAGCAGAUACCCGCGGAGCGACUAACGCAUCUCCUCUACUCCUUCGCCGACAACAAACCCGACGGCACUGUCUUCCUCACAGACACGUAUGCCGACGCGGAAAAGCACUAUCCGACCGAUUCCUGGAACGACGUGGGCAACAAUGUCUAUGGAUCGAUUAAGCAGCUUCAGAUCCUCAAGGCCAAUAACAGGAACUUGAAGGUGUUGCUGAGUGUAGGUGGUUGGACGUAUACAAACACCGCUAAGCAUAUGAACGGACCGAUGGCUACUGCUAAGGGUAGGCAACGCUUUGCGUCGUCUUGUGUUGAGUUGAUUCGCGACUAUGGCUUUGAUGGGAUUGAUGUGGAUUGGGAGUACCCUACAGACAAGGAGCAAGGCAGACAGUUGCUUGCACUAUUGAAGGAGAUCAGAAGCCUCAUGGAUGAGUAUGCUGAUACACUUGUAUACGGAGAUGAGUCUGGACGCGAGCUGAAGCCCAAGUUCCUGUUGACUAUCGCUUCGCCAGCCGGGGAGAAGAACUUCAAACAUCUGCCAUUAAAAGAGAUCAGUGCAGUGACAGACUUUAUUAAUCUGAUGGCAUACGACUACGCUGGCUCCUGGGACAAUCUGACUGGCCAUGCAUCGAACCUUUACCCGUCGACCUCGACUCCCCUGAGCACGCCCUUUAAUACAGCUUCCGUUCUGGCCGCCUACAGCGCUGCGGGCGUUCCUUCCUCCAAGCUCAAUCUUGGCAUGCCGCUUUACGGUCGCUCCUUCACCAACACUCGAGGUUUAAAUACGUCGUUUAGUGGCAUCGGCAUUGGAUCGUUUGAGCGAGGCGUCUACGACUUCAAGGACUUGCCACUUGCAGGUGCACAGGAGUACUACGAUGAAGAGGCUGGCGCAACGUACAGCUACGACGAAGCGAGUGGCGAGUUCGUCAGCUACGAUACUGUGGCCAUGGCGCUCAAGAAGGUCGACUACAUUGAGCAACAGCAGUUGGGUGGCGCAAUGUGGUGGGAGAUCAGCGGUGACAGGACAGAUGACAGCGGGAGCAUUGUGACAAAUGUUGUCAAGAAGAUGGGCGGCGGGAGUGGUGCAGGCAUCGAGUCAUCGCCCAAUUGGCUGCUGUAUCCCGACUCCAAGUUUGACAACAUGAGGACUGGCGUGUCGACGCCAUAG